CACACACAGCACACACAAAGCACUUAUUUGGCGCCUCGGUCGGAUGAGAGGAGAAAUUCGGCAGCACAGCGCCGUUACAAUUUGCAAUGGCUGCAGCUUUGUCCCGUGCUCUCAAAUUGCCUGGUAAGAGACGCGUUGCAAUUGUUUGGGAAAUAGAUAUAAGGGUUGAUUAGGUGAAAUGGAUGUUGUGUAGUCUUUGUACCAGUCGUGUCUUGUCUCAAUGUUGUUUUGGUGUCAUUCUGUUAGCUCACAUGAGCUACCUAGAACAGCCAGCCAGCUAAUAUCGAUUGCAAUAACACAAAACAACGGUUUUAUUUGUUUAAUGAAAGUCCAGAAUUGAGAGGUGAAAUACGACACUUAUUUUCAAUGUUUGAUAUUUAUUUUAUUUUCAAGCUUUAAUAGAAAAGCAUCAUUGCAUCAUUCACAAUCCUAUGUGGCGCACUAGCUAGCUACUUUACUGUAUGGUAGUGCUCACUGUCAUAAUAAUGUUAAAACGGAUUUAGCUACUUGCUUAAAUCUCGUGUUCAACAAAUAACUACAAGUAAGGCCAUGUAAUGGGGGUUAUUCAUUUAACUUGUCAAUCAUUAUCAUGCCAAACAAUGAGCAAUAGAGUCGGCAAAAAUAAACAGAUGGGACCAGGGUAGGACAGAAUUAAUAUGGCGUUAAAAUAAACAAUAUUUGAGUAACUUCCCUGUCCUUUUGGGCUGCCUAUCGUUCUAUCAGGCACCGCAUACUCUAUCAGAUCAUUCUAGUUUUCACCUGGGCCUUGUUUCCCAAACAGAUCCGUAGACCCCUUUCCUGCAGUCAAAUAACCAAAUCGAGCUCUAGUGGCCUCAACGGUGGAAUGUUAUUAAUAUUUUUCAGAAUGUCAUAAUUAAUAAACAUGUUUUUAUUUUUUAUGCCGAAAAUCCGGUGUUUCUAUGUCAUAUGGUUUUGUUAUAUUUCAGUCUUCUGUGAUGUAUAUAAAGUGUAAUAUUGAGAUGCAAACUCAAAAUUGAAUACAUUUCAACUCUAUAUCUGACAUGGUACAGGUGUCUUCUUUUUUAUAAGCCCAUAACCAUGUGUGUGAGGUGUAUACUUUUGUUUCAAUUUAUAUUUGUUUAAGACUACCAAGAAACACUCUGUGUGACCCUGAUUUAGCCCACUGCAGUAAAAGGUUAACCGUGUGUAUCUUUGUGUGUGUGUCCCUCACAGGGAAGAAGGGCUCGGAGCUUGGAGAGUAUGACCCCCUCACUCAGGCCGACAGUGAGGACGAGAGCGAGGAGGACGACCUGGUCCUCAACUAUCCCCGCAAUGGCCUGGGGAGGGGCAACUGCAUGGGCGCAGGUACAUCAGAGCUGAGAGGGAGCAGAACAGGGAGGCUCGUAGGGGAUGAAGAGGAGGGAGAGGAGGAAGAGGAGGACGACGAUGAGUGGAGAGAACGGCUCCCGGGAAAAAAGAGGCAGGAGAGAGAGGAGAAGGGCAUGCAGUACUGGAGCCAGAGGGAGACAAACAGGGAUGGGGGAGUAGAGGAGGAAGGGGGGCUUGGGGCCUCUGGUGGCCCUGGAUUGGGUGUCAGUGCCAGUGCUGACCCAGACGGGAAGAAGGCUAAGGUGAGGGGAGCCAUCCGGGCAGCGUUUUUCCUGGUGCCUCUGGUCUGUGCUAUGCUGGUGGUGCUGCUGUGUGCCUUUUUGGUGCCUUGUCAGCAGGGGGAACUGGACAAACGGCUGCAGUGGGAGAAAGAGCUGGGUGAUCAUGUGGGAGGUGAGUGAGGAGUCUAAUGUAUAAACAAUACACAUGAAAACAGACUACAGUUUACCCGCAUGUUGCUGGUUGCUGAUACCAAUACACCUCUCUCUCACACCAGAGAAAGAGAAAACUACAGGUUAGGUCAGACUGGUCAGACUGAGUAGACUAGUGCUUUAGAUUAAGAUAAGCACACAGUCAACAUUACCAUAAAGUCAACUGUAUGAGAAAGCAGUUGAGAACACAGAACUCAGAUAUAGCUGACUUUUUGUCAGGGGGUGGAUAUUACACAGUCUGGAUUACUAUGAUUACACAUUACCGUGAUAAUUAUAAUAGCAUGUUAGCAAAGCAACCGCAUGUAUAGUUUAGUAAAUAGUAGUUACAAACCGUUGCUGUCUGUAACAGUGUUUUUCUUUUUCUUUAGGUGUUACCCCACCUCCUCUUGCACUGUGGGAUGUCGACAAUGACUCAGUUGAGGAUGUGCUAAUAGGAGUCACUCAAAAGAGCAACAAUACCCAUCUCUCCAGUUCUGUGGGGAACAACAGAGGUAUCUAUGGAAACAGCAAACAGCCUCACUACUGUUAUUUUAUUGUUGCUCUUUAAUUAUUUGUUAUUUUUCUAUUACUUCUUUUUUUAAACUUCUUUUUCUUAAAACUGCAUUGUUGGUUAAGUAAGCAGUUCACUGUAAAGUCUACUACACCUGUUGUAUUCGGCGCAUGUGACAAAUAAAAUUGGAUUUGAUUUGAAAUCAGAACCAUGGACAGCCACAUCAUAUUUAAUUGAUUGGACUAAAUUGUUUUUGGUAUAUUUUAGUUGUCCAUGUAUUAGACUAAGCAUAGGUGAUUUGAUGGUGUUGAUUUUGUACGUUUGCCCCCUGACAAAGAAAUGAUCAGUCUAUAAUUUUAAUGGUAUGUUUAUUUGAAUAAUAAUAAUAAUAAUAAUAAUAAUAAUAUGCCAUUUAGCAGACGCUUUUAUCCAAAGCGACUUACAGUCAUGCGUGCAUACAUUUUUGUGUAUGGGUGGUCCCGGGGAUCGAACCCACUACCUUGGCGUUUCAAGCGCCGUGCUCUACCAGCGAGAGACAGAAUAACAACAAAAAAAUCCAGAAAAACGCAUGUCAAAAAUGUUAUAAAUUGAUUUGCAUUUUAAUUAGGGAAAUAAGUAUUUGACCCCCUCUCAAUCAGAAAGAUUUCUGGCUCCCAGGUGUCUUUUAUACAGGUAACGAGCUGAGAUUAGGAGCACACUCUUAAAGGGAGUGCUCCUAAUCUCAGCUUGUUACCUGUAUAAAAGACACCUGUCCACAGAAGCAAUCAGAUUCCAAACUCUCCACCAUGGCCAAGAUCAAAGAGCUCUCCAAGGAUGUCAGGGACAAGAUUGUAGACCUACACAAGGCUGGAAUGGGCUACAAGAACAUCGCCAAGCAGCUUGGUGAGAAGGUGACAACAGUUGGUGCGAUUAUUCGCAAAUGGAAGAAACACAAAAUAACUGUCAGUCUCCCUCGGCCUGGGGCUCCAUGCAAGAUCUCACCUCGUGGAGUUGCAAUGAUCAUGAGAACGGUGAGGAAUCAGCCCAGAACUACACGGGAGGAUCUUGUCAAUGAUCUCAAGGCAGCUGGGACCAUAGUCACCAAGAAUACAAUUGGUAACACACUACGCCGUGAAGGACUGAAAUCCUGCAGCGCCCGCAAGAUCCCCCUGCUCAAGAAAGCACAUAUACAGGGCCGUCUGAAGUUUGCCAAUGAACAUCUGAAUGAUUCAGAGGAGAACUGGGUGAAAGUGUUGUGGUCAGAUGAGACCAAAAUCUAGCUCUUUGGCAUCAACUCAACUCGCCGUGUUUGGAGGAGGAGGAAUGCUGCCUAUGACCCCAAGAACACCAUCCCCACCGUCAAACAUGGAGGUGGAAACAUUAUGCUUUGAGGGUGUUUUUCUGCUAAGGGGACAGGACAACCUCACCGCAUCAAAGGGACGAUGGACGGGGCUAUGUACCGUCAAAUCUUGGGUGAGAACCUCCUUCCCUCAGCCAGGGCAUUGAAAAUGGGUCGUGGAUGGGUAUUCCAGCAUGACAAUGACCCAAAACACACAGCCAAGGCAACAAAGGAGUGGCUCAAGAAGAAGCACAUUAAGGUCCUGGAGUGGCCUAGCCAGUCUCCAGACCUUAAUCCCAUAGAAAAUCUGUGGAGGGAGCUGAAGGUUCGAGUUGCCAAACAUCAGCCUCGAAACCUUAAUGACUUGGAGAAGAUCUGCAAAGAGGAGUGGGACAAAAUCCCUCCUGAGAUGUGUGCAAACCUGGUGGCCAACUACAAGAAACGUCUGACCUCUGUGAUUGCCAACAGGGGUUUUGCCACCAAGUACUAAGUCAUGUUUUGCAGAGGGGUCAAAUACUUAUUUCCCUCAUUAAAAUGCAAAUCAAUUUUUGACAUGUGUUUUUCUGGAUUUUUUGUUCAAAUAAACCUACCAUUCAAAUUAUAGACUGAUCAUGUCUUUGUCAGUGGGCAAACAUACAAAAUCAGCAGGGGAUCAAAUACUUUUUUCCCUCACUGUACUCAUUUCAUAGUUUUUCUUUAUUUUUAAUAUUUUCUACAUUGUAGAAUAAUAGUGAAGACAUAAAAACUAUGAAAUAACACAUAUGGAAUCAUGUAGUAACCAAAAAAGUGUUAAACAAAUCAAAAUAUAUUUGAGAUUCUUCAAAGUAGCCACCCUUUGCCUUGAUGACAGCUUUGCACACUCUUGGCAUUCUCUCAACCAGCUUCAUAAGGUAGUCACCUGGAAUGCAUUUCAAUUAACAGGUGUGCCUUCUUAAAAAAUUAAUUUGUGGAAUUUCUUUCCUUCUUAAUGCGUUUGAGCCAAUCAGUUGUGUUGUGACAAGGUAGGGGGGGGUAUACAGAAGAUAGCCGUAUUUGGUAAAAGACCAAGUCCAUAUUAUGGCAAGAACAGCUCAAAUAAGCAAAGAGAAAUGACAUUCCUGUAUAUUAAUCUCCAUAUCUAAUCCUGCUAGCCCCAGUAAACUGCUGAGAACACACAAUUUGCCACACGCAAUGAACCCCACCCACCUAUACCCCUUGUCUAUCUCCCCCUCUGUCUCUACCAGAGUACAGUGUGGUGGCCCUAUCUGCUUUCAGUGGUGAGGUGCUAUGGAGGAGGGUCCUCAGGGAACCUGUGGAGUCCAUCCAGUGUGGGCUGCAGUACGAAGCCCACCCAUCACCACUGCCAGCAGGGGGCGCUGCCCUCAGAGCCUUCCCCAACAGCGCUAUUUCCCUAUCUGGCCAGAGAGACAGGGCUAGCGGCCCCGUGUGUCUGCUCAUCAAGUCUGCACACCUCACCGCUGUCAACAGCACCACAGGUCAGACAACAACCACAGAAAAUCCUGACUUUUAAUGGUUCAGUUUCACAGCUACAAGCAUGAACAUUUUAGCAGUAGAUGUGUAGAUUUAUUAAUAAUGUGUUGUAGUUAAUAGAUUUAUGUUCAGUAAGGAGUAACCUAUUGUAUUUUCCUCCUCAGGGAAGAAGCUGUGGUCGGUAGCCCCAGGAGAGAUCCAGUCCCAGGCAGUCUCCCUGCCAGAUCUCCAAGGCGACACUGUUCCUGACUUGCUGAUUGCCACUUUACCUGCUGACCAGGUAUGACAAUCUCUGGCUUGGCACCUAUACAUAUUUAUGGCUGUAAUAAGACAAUUGUUACUAUAUAAAUCAUAUUAUUAUUACAAUAUAGACCAUACUCCCAAAUCUUCAGAGUCACUGUGUUAACAACACUAAUUUUCCAGUCAGUCUAGAAUGCUCUCAUCAAACUGUCUCUAACUUAUUUUCAGGUGUCUGACCUCUCACUGCUCCUGCUGUCUGGGCUGACUGGCGCUCUGCUUGGACAUCCCGUGACCUUUAACCUCACGACCUUUAAUGUCUCUGGCAAGCUGAUUGGUCCCCUGUUUCAUGAGACACAGCUGGGGGCAUACUACAUUCUGUUUGGACUAGGUAAGGGAUUCAUUUUAUAUCAAGCACAGUGACUUUGAAAAAAUAUGUUUCCCGUUUGAAAUGACUAAAUGUCUGAUAAUGUAUCUGCUAUACUAACUCAGGCACUGUAGAGGCUGUAUCCCUGGGAGAUAUUUACACUCAGGCUACUGGGAAAACACCCAUAUCCCCUGGCUUAAGACUGAAGGACCCCGGCUGGGAGAAGCUUAGGAAAACCAACUCCUCCUCCCUCAUACACAUCUCCAGGUAAGGCUGAGAAAGUGCUCGGUUACACAAUUACAAAAGAGUGCCUGUUUGAAGGACUAACAGCACCCAUUUGUCUUUGACUUUCUCUGUCCAGUGGAACUGAACAGGUGGAGUUCUUGGUCCCCCUAGUGGCUGGCUUGUGUAACAACCACAACAGCCUGGACUCCAUCUCCAACCUCAACUCCAGCCGCAGUGACUGGGUGCUGGUGUGUGGCAAGCUCUCCAGCAAGCUGUCUGUGCUGCGAGAGAAGGACGCACACACCAAGUGGACUCUUACCUCCUCAGCCAUACACAGGUAGGAAAUAUGGUUAUGGUCACCAUGAUAUAUGGAGAAGUUUAUAAUUAGGGUGUAUAUGACUAAAGCAUAAAAGUGAUAGCUUCAGGUUUUAUUGUCAUGUGCACAAGUACAGUGCAAUGCCUUUCUUGCCAGCUCUUUUCCCAACAAUACAGUAAUCAAUAUCAAUAUAUAAAACUAUAAAGUAAAGUAAUACCCUAUAACAGUGGUUUUCAAACCUCUCCUCGGGGACCCCCAGAAGUUUCACAAUUUAAUUGUAGCCCUGAACUAGCUCAACUACUUUACCUAAUCAAGGGCUUGGUAAUUAGUUGACACGUUGAAUCAGCUAUGCUAGCUCUAGAAUAGUUCACAUAUAUGGAACAACUGGGGAUCCCAGAGGAGAGGAAUGUAAACCACUGCCCUAUAAAGUUAUAGAGCUAAAAUAACCUGAAUAAUUUAUCACUGUCUCAGUCGUCCAGCACCAGGCCAAUUCAACGAUGAUGGAAUCCCAGAUCUCCUCAUACAGAAGUCUGGGGCCCCUACAAUGAGAAAAGUAUAAUCUCCUUCUACCAUCACUUACAACUAGAGCUAUUAUACUUCUCAGACAGUGAUACAUAUUUACAAAGAUUACCAUCCAUCUCUCUAUGAUCUCAGGUUCAGGUGGUUGAUGGAGCCAGUGGGCGUAGUCUAUGGGAGACAGAGUUUAUUUGUCCACGCCUUGACUUGGAAGGUACCUCAAUCAUGACAACAUCUGGUCAAUCAGCUUUCCUUUUCUGGGCUGGUGACCCUCUCAGACCACCGAAGAACCUCACCAAGACAACUGUGAGUCCCUUGUUGAAUCCUCCCUUAUAAGGAGCAGGAAUACAUUUUCUAUGAGAGAAAGUGUUAUGAUGGUUCAUCCUUCAGUGGUAUAGGCACGAGGGUUGGAGUCAAUUCCAAUUUAAUUUGAAAUUCCAAUUAAAUUCUUGAAUUCACGCAUGAAGUGGAGAAUGUACAUUGAAUUCAAUUCGAAUUUCAACAAUCUUCAAGUUAUGGAAUUGGAAUUGAAUUGAAAUUGUAAAAACAUUUGUAUUUUAAUAUUUGUACAUUUCCCAGUUAAUGGAAUUAAUACAAUUAGUAUUGAAACAUCUACUGCAGAAUUUGUUUUAAAUCAUUUAAACUUGUAUUUCUGUAUUUCCAGUAUAGCUAGGCUGUCUGAAUAUUUAUAUGAUCAGCCUGAAAGCCUGAGGGAAUUGAAUUUCGAAAUGGAAUUUGUGGAAUUGUUAGGGAUAAUAUUAAAUUGGGAAUAAAAUUCUUGGAAUUUACCUAACAUUGGAGUUGAGAUGAAUUGAAUUAUCUCUGAAUUCAAAGACUGACCUUAGUCAUCCACAUCACCAACAAACUAUCAUGGUCCAAACACACCAAGACAGUUGUGAAGAGGGUACGACAACACCUUUUCCCCCUCAGGAGACUGAAAAGAUUUGGCAUGGGUCCCCAGAUCCUCAAAAAGUUAUACAGCUGCACCAUCGAGAACAUCCUGACCGGUUGCAUCACCGCCUGGUAUGGCAACUGCUCUGCAUCUGACCGUAAGGCGCUACAGAGGGUAGCGUACGGCCCAGUACAUCACUGGGGCCAAGCUUCCUGCCAUCCAGGUCCUAUAUAAUAGGCGGUGUCAGAGGAAAGCCCAAAAAACUGUCAAAGCCUCCAGUCACCCAAGUCAUAGACUGUUCUCUCUGCUACCGGACGGCAAGCGGUACUGGAGCGCCAAGUCUAGGACCAAAAGGCUCCUUAACAGCUUCUACCCCCAAGCCAUAAGACUUCUGAACAAUUAAUCAAAUGGCCACCCGGACUAUUUACAUUGACCCCCCCCUCCAUUUGUUUUUACACUGCUGCUACCCGCUGUCUAUUAUCUAUGUAUAGUCACUUUACCCCUACCUACAUGUACAAAUUACCCCCGCACAUUGACUCGGUACCGGUACCCCCUGUAUAUAGCCUCGUUAUUGUUAUUUUAUUGUGUUACUUUUUAUUAUUUUUUACUUUAGUUUAUUUGGUAAAUAUUUUCUUAACUCUUUCUUGAACUUUAUUGUUGGUUAAGUGCUUGUAAGAAAGCAUUUCACGGUAAGGUCUACACCUGUUGUAUUCAGCGCAUAUCAAAUCAAAUUUUAUUUGCCACAUGUGCCGAAUACAACAAAUGUAGACCUUACCGUGAAAUGCUUACUUACAAGCCCUUAAUCAACAAUGGAGUUUUAAGAAAAUAGAGUUAAGAAAAUAUUAACUAAAGUUUAAAAAAGGAAAAAAAAAGUAACACAAUAAAAUAACAAUAUUAUUUUAGCAGAUGCUCUUAUCCAGAGCAACUUACAGUUAGUGAGUGCAUACAUUUUCAUACUGGCCCCCCGUGGAAAACGAACCCACAACCCUGGCGUUGCAAACGCCAUGCUCUACCAACUGAGCUACACGGGAAUAAUGAGGCUAUAUACAGGGGGUACCGGUACCGAGUCAAUGUGUGGGGGUACAGGUUAGUCGAGGUAAUUUGUACAUGUAGGUAGGGGUAAAGUGACUAUGCAUAGAUAAUAAACAGACUGGUGGGGGGGGGGGGGGGGGCAAUGCAAAUAGUCCGGGUGGCCAUUUGAUUAAUUGUUCAGCAGCUGUUAAGGAGCCUUUUGGACCUAGACUUGGCGCUCUGGUACCGCUUGCCAUGCGGUAGCAGAGAAAUCAGUCUAUGACUUGGGUGACUGGAGUCUUUGACAAUUUUUUGUAGUGCCUUGCGGUCGGAGGCCAAGAAAUUGCCAUACCAGGCAGUGAUGCAACCAGUCAGGAUGCUCUUGAUGGUGCAGCUGUAUAACUUUUUGAGUAUCUGAGGACCCAUGCCAAAUCGUUUCAGUCUCCUGAGGGGGAAUAGGCUUUGUCGUGCCCUCUUCACGACUGUCUUGGUGUGUUUGGACCAUGAUAGUUUGUUGGUGAUGUGGACACCAAGGAACUUGAAGCUCUCAACCUGUUCCACUACAGCCCCGUCGAUGAGAAUGGGGGCGUGCUCAGUCCUCUUUUUUUCCCUGUAGUCCACAAUCAUCUCCUUUGUCUUGAUUACAUUGAGGGAGAGGUUGUUAUGUGACAAAUAAAGUUUGAUUUGAUUUGAUUUAGCAAACGUUUUGGAUAAGUGACUAAAAUGGAAUUUGAAUGGAAUUAAAUUGAAUUUACAGGGAGAGAGAAUUGAGUUAGAAUUCAAUUAGGGGAAUUAACCCCAACCCUGCUGCCAGAAUGUUAACAGUAGUCAUUGUUCAGGUUGGCAGUGGGAAGAUUGAAAGUCCAUUUGGGUGUCUCUCCUGUAAUUUGUGGAAUUAACCCCAACCCUGAUUAGCACAAAUAUGUAAUCCUUUACCUAUCGUACUAUGGAGAUCAGUAGUUUAAAUCUAUUUUAAGUCUUGCUCUGUUAACAGGUGGCACCAGUGGCGGCUCCAGCCAUGCCAGUCAUCCGAAAGCUCUUCAUGCUGCAUCCUACAUAUCCCACAAUCCUGCUGGAGCUCGCCAGCACCACAGACACCAUACUUACUGCUGCAGGUGAUGCAUGCUGUGCUGUAUUUAUUAUUUUAUAAUUGUGCAUAUGAUUAUGGCUGUUAGUAGCACUGCUGAUCAACUGUUUCUCCCCUAUUCUCUGUCAUAGUGAGUUACCAGGAGCCGCAGAAGGAUGCCUCCUACAUUACUGUUUCCUCCCGGCCUACCUCUGGCCUGGGGCCUGGGUCUCGGGUGGUGAAGAGCAUGAGCCUCAGAGCAGCAAUCACUGCUGGACAGAUUGUGAGGCUGGGAGAGAGCAGCACCGCCAGGGGACCAGUCAGACCUGGAGUAUUUGAGAUAAACAAAUUCUUCAGGCGUCUCACCUUCAAACAGCAUUAGGUAAAAAGGGGAGGGAACAUAGCUAAGUAUGUCCAGAAUAUGCUUUAUAUGACAUGUUGUUUGUGGCGUCUGUGUAGUUUCGAAUGACGAAACACAUCAUUUUGUUUUCCUGUGUAGAGAGGAGUUACCACUUGCUGGUUCUACAUGAUCAGAGGGAAACCACUGGCGGGACCAAACCUGUGGAAACACCAUGACACACACCAAGUGAAGGAGACUCAUGGAGAUUUAUCUCAAGCUGUUUACAUUUCCACUUUUGUCCAAAGUACGAUUUUAUUUUCCAUUAUUACUCAUCUCACUUGCUGAAAAAUAUUUAUUUUGCUGUAGUGUUAUUAUAUGUGUAUAUAUUAUGAGUUUAAUUAUGUAUUUAUGACCAGUCCUUUUUAUUGAAUAUUGAAUGUAAUAUAUCAAUUACUAUUUACCUUGUUUGGGGUGUAUGUAAAUAAGUACAUAGAGGAAACUUCUGGAGAUCAAGCACAAUGAUUUGAAAGAUAGGGGUGUAGGUGUAAGGUGUCCAUUGGCACAAUCGGCACCUCACUCGUUUAGUAUAUUUUUUAUCUACAGAAUGAGAGGCAAUUACCCAAUUUAUUCCUCCAAAUACAUUCAUUCCCCUCUCACAUGCACUUUUUGAAUUAGGCAAUUGAGGUCUGUGUUCAAACAGAAUUACCCAGUUAUGGAAAGGGGGUCUGUACAUAUUUUUGCUGUAGUGGAGAAUGGGGUAUGUUGAGCCAUUUUUUACAUUCAGCAUCACUACGUCAAGGGAAAUACAGUAUUAUUUCCAACAUUGAUAUCUACAUAUGUUUCAGGAUGUUGUGUAUCCCUGGAAAUAAUCAGAAUUAAUGUAAACAUUACUGGGUUUUUUAAACAGCUCGUAAAAAAAAAAAAAAAGGUGAUUUAUUGGCACAAUUUACCCUGGGUAUGCAUAGGGACAGGGUAAAUUGAGCUGCCUUGGGGUGUCAUGUGUGAUGGUGUCCUGUGAUGGUGCUGGCAGGUCAAAGUUUAAUUCAUGGAAUGGGGGUGUGGUAUAUUGUAUAUCUGAAAUGUAUGCCAACAUUCAGAUAUAGAUCUCUCUAUUCACUAUCACUAACCCUUCCAUUUCUUGACCAGUUGUCAGGGACAGGGAUGUUGUUUCGAUGUGCCAAUUCAAAGGCAAGUUCUCUGCCUGAGGCUACUAAGCCCAUGAAACUGGUCUGUGAGAUUCUUGAUAUGUUUAGCAAGCUCAGACUCCAUGUCAUCAGAUAAGACCUUGUGUGCCUCUGCUACUUGUCACAUGAUUCAUUUUGUUGUAUGGUUUCCUAGAAACAAGGGGUGGCUCAACUAACCCAAUCGCUCAACUUACCCCACUCUCCCCUAAAGUAUUUAUUGAUAUGCUACUGAAAUGUUUACAUUUCUCUAAUCAAUAACUAUUGUAGUGAUGAUACAUUAUUGCUGAGGGCCAUGUAUGGUAACUGUGCAUUUUAUUGCUAUUGGUACUUGUAAAUAUUGCUGACAUACUGGAAAACAUUUACAGAUCACAGCAAUAAAUAAAUGUACUGCUGCAAUUCUUGCUGCUACAAAUGUAGUGUUUUGUACAGCUGUACUACGGAUUAAGCUCCGUUCACAAUAAAUUAUCAUAAAAACACUGUUUGUUAAUUAAUCAUGAGAAAUUGUGAAUAUUUAAUAUUAGAGUAAAAUGAGGGUGCAGGCUCAGGGGCGGUGCUUCGGUGCAUCCAAAAUGAUCUCUUUCCGCAUUGCUGCGAGUGUCAAAGGCUUGGAAGAUGGCGUCGGUCUUGGUUCGUCUGGCCAGACUGUUGGUGUUGAAAAACAGUCGUGUACCAACAGUUGUGUACUCAGCAUCAGGUGGUAUUUUGAAAAUAUGCGCAGGUCAUUUAUGAAAUUAAAUCAAUCAAAUGUAUUUAUAAAGCCCUUUUUACAUCAGCAGAUGUCACAAAUUGCUAUACAGAAACCCAGCCUAAAAAGGAGGGGCGGGAGGAAUUUAGUAAAGGUGCCUGGAAGGUAUUGGUGUAUGAAAAAACAGCCAGGCAAGAUUUGUUAGGAAGUGAAAAAUACCUGAGGACUUAUAUCUUAGAACUCAAUGAAUUUAAUGAAUGUUUAAUCUCAGGUAGGAUUUCUGUGAGCCUAUCAUUUACCUCUCCAUUUCACUGGAAGUGUUAUUAAUACAUGCCUGUUUAAAUGUGUAAAGCAUGCUUCAUGUAGUAAAUGUUUUUAUUAUUUUAUCCUGGUUGUCAUUGUGUAUAAAAUCACCCAGCAUAGCAGGCUAACUUAGAUAUGUUUUUGUGAUGGAAUUCUUGACAAUUGUCCAGGCCUCCUUUGGCCUUUUCCGGAUUGCUGUGGUAGUGAUCCCCUUCCUGUAUGUCGGAACUCUGAUCAGCAAGAACUUUGCUGCGCUGCUGGAAGAGCAUGACAUCUUUGUCCCCGAGGAUGAUGACUGA